AUGAAAUUUAUAAUGACUAACAGUAGCUGCUGCUUCUGUGAAGUGGUAGAUGCUGUUGCUGGGAAACUAAGUGGAAGGGAAUUAGAGAAAAUCAAAGCUUCUACAUUUGCAGACUUAACAGGUGUGGAGAUGGCCUCUUCCCAAGAUGCCAGGUAUGGCCAGAAAGACUCCUCUGAUCAGAACUUUGACUACAUGUUCAAAUUGCUCAUCAUUGGCAAUAGCAGUGUGGGGAAAACAUCUUUCCUGUUCCGUUAUGCGGAUGACUCCUUUACAUCUGCAUUCGUCAGCACAGUUGGGAUCGAUUUCAAAGUAAAAACUGUAUUCAAAAAUGAAAAGAGAAUCAAGCUUCAGAUUUGGGACACAGCAGGCCAGGAAAGAUACAGAACUAUCACCACAGCCUAUUAUCGUGGAGCCAUGGGCUUUAUUUUGAUGUAUGACAUCACAAAUGAAGAAUCCUUCAAUGCGGUACAGGAUUGGUCAACUCAAAUUAAAACAUACUCUUGGGAUAAUGCCCAGGUUAUCCUGGUUGGGAACAAAUGUGACAUGGAAGAUGAGCGGGUCAUCUCAACGGAGAGAGGCCAACAUUUAGGAGAACAGCUUGGGUUUGAAUUUUUUGAAACAAGUGCCAAGGAUAACAUUAAUGUCAAGCAGACAUUUGAGCGUCUUGUGGAUAUCAUCUGUGACAAAAUGUCAGAGAGUUUGGAGACGGAUCCGGCCAUCACUGCCGCAAAGCAGAACACAAGACUCAAGGAAACCCCUCCUCCACCACAGCCCAACUGUGGUUGUUAAUGUCCCCACAAAGGCAGUUCUGCGGGGCGGGGGGCACAUCACCAACCAACAGCAUUUAUAAAUGGUUGAUUAACCUUCAUUUAUACUGCCUAAUAAUUAUUUGAGGGAAAUCUUUGAUGUCAGUGGCUCAUACAUGCAUUCAAUUCGUGGGAGAUUUCCUGUGUUAAUAUGUGGCAAAUAUGUGAUCUCAAAUUUGUAAGGACUAUCCAUCUAUAAACAUCUGGUA